GUCGCUAAUUAAUUCAAUUGAUUAUUAGCCAAUUAGUUUCAAUUGAAUUACUUUAAUUAUGUCAAAGGAACAAGCAUAUUACAGUAAAGGUUAUAAAAAGGAAAUUGCUGAUACUCAUGCCUGGAGAACAGUUGCAAAUUCAUCUGCUUUUGUAAUUCCUAUCCUUAAGCCUGAUUUCAAGAUUUUAGAUGUUGGAAGUGGUCCAGGAACUAUCACUAUUGAUUUUGCUAAUUAUGUUCCUGAAGGUAGUGUUAUUGGAGUAGAACCAACUGCUGAAUUAAUUGAAAGAGCCAAUGAAGAAAAAGCUAAAAAGGAGGAGGAAACAGGAGUUAAGCUUGAGAAUGUGACAUUUCAAGAUGGUUCAAUCUAUAGCUUACCAUUUGAAGAUAAUACUUUUGAUGUAGUCCAUGCUCAUCAGGUUGUAAUUCAUUUACAGGAUCCAGUUGCUGCAUUAAAAGAGCUUAGAAGAGUCGUGAAAGUUGGAGGUUAUGUAUGUGUCAAGGACGCUGAUUUAGAUUCCAUUAUAGCGUAUCCUGAUGAAUAUAGCUUGAUAAUUAGAGAUUAUUUAGUAAAAAAGGCUUCCAAUGCAGUCUCUACUGAUAUUAAAGCUGGUAGAUCUUUAAGGGAAAAGGCUAUAAAAGCUGGGUUUGAACCAGAACAUACCUUAUCUUCUAGUUCUACGUGGUGUACUACUAAAAGGAGCGAAAAGAUUAUUCAUGGUGAACGAACUUUAAAAAGACUUCAGAAUUCAGGUGAAGAAAUUGUAAAAAAUGACCCUGAAGCUAAUCAGCGUGAAAUAGAAAAAUUAGUAGAUCUCUGGCAUAGAUUUGUAGAAGAUGAUGCUGCUUGGGGUAAUAUAUUGCAUGGUGAAAUCAUUUACACCAAGCAGUGAAAUUUAUAUAAGUGUUAAAUAGUUUAAAUAUCCAAAGUAUUACUACAUAAACCAUAGACCAUUUUCGAAUCUAGCAUUAUUACAUAGUGUAAUAUGUUAGUUAACUAAUUAACUUGUGUGUUAUCUUUCUUGAGGUUUUUGUUUAUAUGGCUCGACAGUGCUUACUGUUGACUAUAUAUUCCUAUUCCCCUCAAAUACGUGUUUUUAAAUUACAAUAAAUGAGUUUAUAUUAUAGAAAUUGUAGAACAAUGAAACAAUAAAAAUUUUGCAACUAGAAGUACGGAGACC